UCUCUUGUUCUAAAAAAAGUUAGUAUUUGAGUAUGUGACCCCAAAACUUUAUGCUUAUAUUUUUCCCUAGCUCUUCCCUUCACCAUGUUUCUCAACCACUCUCAUUUAUUUCUCGUCAUUGAUUGCUUGCCUGACUUAAACACCCUGUUUCAAUUCCAUUAUAAUUUCUUGUAAGAAAUUAGAAAAAGGAAAUUACAAAGAAAGAAGUAUACUAGAUAGUAGUGUAUUACUAUUACGUGUAUAAGCUUAAAAGUUCUUGAGAGAGAGAGAGAGAGAGAGAGAGAGAGAGAAGAGAUAGGUGGGUGUAUUCACCUUUAAAGUCUUUCAACAACCUCUCAGAGCAUUUAUAGUGAUACAUCUUAUGAGAUUAAAAAUAGACGGUGUAAUGUGAAGAAAACCAGUCUGGCCUUAUUAACUUUUUCACCUAUAAAUCUCUUCUCCAUUACACACUUCACAUUGCAUAAUAAUACACACUUCAUUCUCUCUUUCUUCCUCACUUUCUCUCAAUUUUUCUUCUUCUUCUUUGAUUCUUCCAAUUUUUAACUUUAGAACUUAUAGCUCAACCCUCUUAAAAUGCUCUUCAUUCACAACCAAUAAUAUUGAAUCAUUCUUUAAGGGUUGAGCUUUUGGUUCUUGGGGUGACAAGUGACAACACUAUACUACAAGUUCAAAAAGUUUAAGACAGUGUUUGGUUGGUUGUGACCACUAAAAUGGAAACUUGCACGGCUCUAUUGCUUUUAACGGCGAUUACAGCAUACUUACUAUGGUUCACGUUCAUCUCACGGUCAUUGAGAGGUCCACGUGUCUGGCCACUAUUGGGCAGUCUUCCAGGCUUAAUUGAGAAUUGUGAACGUAUGCAUGACUGGAUCAGCGACAACCUCCGCGCGUGUGGUGGCACGUACCAGACCUGCAUCUGUGCUAUCCCUUUUCUAGCUAAGAAGCAAGGUCUCGUGACUGUCACGUGCGACCCGAGGAACUUAGAGCAUAUAUUAAAGACCCGGUUUGAUAAUUACCCGAAAGGACCAACAUGGCAAGCUGUGUUUCAUGAUUUGUUGGGUGAUGGGAUCUUUAAUUCUGAUGGUAACACGUGGCUGUUCCAGCGUAAGACGGCCGCGCUGGAAUUCACCACGCGGACAUUGCGCCAAGCCAUGGCUCGAUGGGUGAGCCGAGCCAUCAAGGAUCGCCUGUGCACGAUUUUGAAGAAAGCUGAGGUUCAUGGUGAGCCGGUGGAUCUACAAGACGUGAUGCUUCGGCUCACUUUUGAUAAUAUUUGUGGCUUGGCUUUUGGAAGAGACCCGCAGACUUGUGCUACAGGUCUCCCUGAAAAUUGUUUUGCUUCGGCUUUCGACCGAGCCACUGAAGCCACGCUUCAGCGGUUUAUAUUUCCUGAGGUGAUGUGGAAGGUGAAGAAAUGGCUUGGGCUUGGAAUGGAAGUCGGCUUGAGCCGAAGUCUAGCCUUUGUGGACGAGCAUUUGUCAAGUGUGAUUGAGAAGCGCAAAGUGGAAUUGAUGAGUCAGCAGAAAGAUGGGACACUUCACGAUGAUUUGCUGACUAGGUUUAUGAGGAAGAAAGAGUCUUAUUCGGACAAGUUUCUCCAACAAGUGGCGUUGAACUUCAUCCUAGCUGGACGUGACACGUCAUCGGUUGCAUUGAGCUGGUUUUUCUGGCUGGUGAUUCAGAAUCCGAGGGUGGAAGAGAAGAUCCUAACCGAGAUCUGCAUGGUCUUGAUGGAGACACGUGGCGCUGACAUGGAAAAGUGGACGGAUGAGCCGUUGGGGUUUGAAGAAGUUGACCGUUUGGUUUAUCUUAAAGCUGCGUUGUCAGAGACACUGAGGUUGUACCCUUCAGUGCCGGAGGAUUCAAAGCAUGUGGUGAACGACGAUGUGUUGCCAGAUGGAACUUUUGUUCCAGCAGGAUCAUCGGUGACAUAUUCGAUAUAUUCGGCUGGGAGGUUGAAGUCUACGUGGGGUGAGGAUUGCAUGGAGUUUAGACCAGAGAGGUGGUUAUCAUUGGAUGGGACAAAGUUCAUCAUGCAUGACUCUUUCAAGUUUGUUGCUUUCAAUGCUGGUCCUAGAAUAUGUUUAGGGAAGGAUUUGGCAUACCUUCAGAUGAAGUCUAUUGCCGCUGCUGUGCUGCUCCGCCAUCGUCUUGCGGUGGUUCCUGGCCACCAAGUGGAGCAAAAGAUGUCACUCACCUUGUUCAUGAAAAAUGGUCUCAGGGUUAAUGUUUACAACAGGGAUUUGAAGGGUGUUUUGGCAAAUAUCCAAAAAGAAAAGGAGGGGGAAAUUCAGGGGAAAGUGUCCAAUGAUUUGAAAUGCAAUGGAAGUUAGUCUGGUUUUUCAAAAGAGGAGAAUUUAGAAUUCAGCCAUUGGAGCUUUAAUUAAUUUAUAGAACAAGAGAGAACAGGGUGGGAAAAAACAGAGAAAAACAAUAAAAAAUAACAGGGUAUAUUUUAUUCAUGGUAUGUUAUAUAAAUUUAUAAUUCAUAUAAGAAUUGUCGGUGGAUUGAUUUCUUUUUAUGGGGUUGUAGGGUGGAUGUAUGCUUUCUCUCAAUCCAUCUUGUAGAAUCCUUGCAAAUAUUCAAUUGUAAUUCUUUAUUUCUUCUCCAUUUUCAUGUUUUCUGUUUUAA